GCAGUGCAUAUUGUGCGGAAUGGUCUCCAAAAAUUUCAUAUGGUUCCAAGGAGAGUGUCUAGUACCGAGGGCAAGGAAGCUAAGGGUGAUUAGGUACCGCGUAAAAUGCAGUCUCCUGGGUAAGGCAUAGAGAUAUACACCUACUCACAGUGGGACGAUAUACCUACACUUCGGAUCAACGUUUCGAAGCAAUGCACUCUCCGCACUCGGAGGAAUGGACGUUGAGGAUACGAUAUCCUCAAAGGAAAGACUCUGGUAUUUACGAAUGCCAGAUCAGCACGACACCCCCUAUAGGGCAUCCUGUCUAUCUUACAGUAGUUGAACCAAUAACAGAAAUCUUGGGUGGUCCAGAUCUAUUUAUUAAUCAAGGAUCAACAAUAAAUUUAACUUGUCUGGUGCAAUACGCGCCCGAGCCGCCGCCAAUUAUGUUGUGGUCGCAUAACUCAGUUCCCAUCAAUUUCGAUUCUCCGAGAGGGGGAAUUAGUUUAGUUACUGAAAAAGGACCUACGACAACAAGUCGUCUACUAAUUCAAAAGGCGGCACAAACGGACUCGGGGACGUACACCUGCACGCCAUCCAAUGCCAAUCCGGGAAACGCCCGGGUGCACAUACUUAAUGGAGAGCACCCAGCAGCGAUGCACCACGGAGGAAACUCGUCAGUAGCGCCUUCAACUGCGACGCUUCUAUUAAUAUCAACGUUGAUUCUACUGAGGCCACCUAUCACGUAGCGCCUUUAGACGACGUGGACGGCGUCUCUCGACAUCCAUCAAUUGUCUAAUUGUGAUGAAUCGCACGUAAUAUUUGUUAAAUAGCUUUGAUUAAACUGCCUGCCAAUUAUUGAACCUAAUCGCGGUAACAAAUGGUGUGCGAGUGAUGUUAUUGAUGAACCACAUUUACAACCACAAAUUACGUGUUUAUAAACAAUAUUUUAUACUGUCGCCCUAACGUCCCUCGUUCUGGGACAUUACUGUACAUAUCACAUAAAUUUAAUCAACGACUUUAAAUAUACGUGAACAUAUUUCCGAUUUAUAAUAAUCACAUCUUAAUGAAUUUUGUACAUAAAUUCAGUAUCUGUCCAAUAGUUGUGAACAAUAAAACUAAGCUCUAUUAAAAAUGAUUAUCAGAGCGAAAAUUUGAAAUUAUUACGUAUACAUUGUAGAGUUAAAAUUCAAAUGGAUUCAGUUGUAAAUUCGGCGUAUCCAUC